AUGGUGCCUCCGCGAUAUCUCCUUGUCCGACUGGGCGAGUGCAUCCCUGCUGAGACCGGUGCCGCACCAGUGCAUCGCUCCAGGCUGGAUUGUGGCCCACAGUGGCGAGACUUCCUCAACUUCACGGAAGACUCCAACCCAGAUGGCGUAUCGCUUGAGGAAGUCUUGACUUGCCCGUGCUGUCUGAGCAUCUUCCGGCAGCCUAUCGCACUUCCUUGUGGACACAACCUGUGUCGCGGAUGCUACGUCCAGGUGUUCUCGCAGUCCGCGCCCUCACGGAGAUGUCCUCUCUGCCGCACGGAUCUGCCGCGCUUUGAACUGCGCGUGAACGUGGCCCUGGCAGCGGUUGCAGAUGCACUUCGGGUGGAGCCCAAGGCCUCAGACAAGGCAGGCCGCCGCUUCCAACCGCCCAGGCGGAAGGAACGGCCGCCAAAGGCUCCGGGUUUGGGACCGGUCCCCGCUGCCCCCGCUGCCCCUGCCCCACAUUGCUCGGCGCCGGGUUCUGGCCCGGGAUCUGCGAACAGCGAAGCUGCGGCGCCCAGUGCCGAAAUGGCCUGGCUACUUCGUGUGAGCGAAAGGUUUGAUGAAGAAGCCGCGCAGGUGCACUCCUUCUUGGUCGAACACGGCCUGGAUCAGUAUGCACCUUUGCUGGCAAAUGGGCCUGGUGCCCCUGGAACUUCUCUGGAGGCGUUGCAAGCAACAUCCGAGGAGCUGCUCACACAGGCAGGCUUGCCAGCCUCUCCCAGACGGCGACUGCUGCAAGCCCUGAAGGGCCUUGCAUCCGACGAUGAGCCAGCGCCAGGCGCAAGCUGUUUAGUCUCACCCAUUGACAGCCAGCAAUGGGGACGCCUCGGGCACUUACCCGCUGGCUGGCACCGAUGUUCCCGAGGAGAUCAGCGCCUGCUUUGCCCAACACUCCCAGCACCUGUUGCGCAUGCCGAUGCGGCGGUUGGCGAUGACAGUCCACUGCCUCCUCCGGAUGCGGAGGAGGAGGCAACGGUCGCCGCACCAACGUCCCUCAGCUUCCCUGCAGUGGCGAGUCGGCCUCCGUCAGCCGCAGCUCUGCAGGAAUCUGCAGAGGCCAAGCAACCGGAACUUGCGGCGACUUAUGCGCCGGACCGACCUAGCUCGGCUUCCAGCAGUGCCCAGAAGGGCUGCUGCUACCAAUGCUUCCGACAACUGUACAUCUCCAGUGCUCUGCGCCUGGGGCUGGCAGAGGAGCAGCAGAUGCAGCAGGCCUCUCGGCCUGGAACACCGUCGCCUCACGGCAGGAUCUUUUGCAGCUCAAGCUGUUUGGAUCGUUUCAGGGAGGUGCUGGCGAAAAGAGAUGCACGAGCAGCUGAGCUGCUGGCUGCAACCAAGGAGAAAAAGCACCUGCUCAACUUGAUUUGUGAGGUGAAGGCGAGGCUGGACGGAAAGGUGGACAGCCUCAGCUUUCCCAUCCCUCAGUUUAUUGUUAUCGGAAAGCAGAGCGUCGGCAAGUCGCGCUUGAUCGAGGCCCUGGCUGGGGAGACCUUCAACUUUGUCUCUGGCUCUUUGGGCUCCAGGAGACCCACCGUCCUGGAGUUUCGGAAUGUGCCGGGUUUGUCACCUUCGAGGUGGUCUGUGUUUGACGAGAACCUCAAGAAAUGGUCUUCAUAUCCGGUUCAGGAGGUCAUGGUCAUAGUAGGGAAUGCGCACGAGGCUUGUGGACAGAACGUUAGCGAAAUGCCAAUCCGGGUCAAGGUUGAGGGCCAUGACUGUACAGACCUUGGACUCGUAGAUCUGCCCGGAUUCAGGUCAUACGCCAAAGAUGAUGCCAUGCAGCAGCUGGCAAAAAAGAUUGACUCGUUAGUCUUCAAGUUCAUGAAUGAUGAGAACAACAUCAUGUUGUGCGUGGAGGAGGCUGGUGAUGCUGCAGGCUUUGCAACCCUUGGCAAAGCCAAGCAAGUCGAUCCGACCUACAAGCGCACAAUCCUCAUCAGGAACAAGCUUGACAAGUACUAUGGCGACUUGACACCAGAGAACAUCAACAAAUGGCUUGAGGGCUAUGGUGACCUGCCACAGCAUUUGGCACGUUUCGCCGUGUCCUUGCCACAUUGGACGGACACCAUGCCCAAGGCAUUUGGAGAAAUGCGCAAGGAAUGUGCAGACAGGGACAUGGAGACGCUGGCGGCAAAGGGUGCGUCUGCCAAGUACAAGAUGACCAUUGGAUUCCAGAAUUUCAGGAAUUUCAUGGAGAUCAAGAUCCAGCAGCUCUUUGCAGAUGCGCUGGCACCGAUGCUCACCAGACUCAAGACCAUGCAAGAGGAGCAUGAGAAGAAGCUGGAGGUGAUCCGGCAAGAGACAGAAACAAUAAACGAGGACAAUAUCCUCCAUGCAACUAGAUCCGCUGGAAUCACGUUUGCGCAAAGCUUCAUCUUCUUGAUGGAGGGCGCGCUUUCGUCAGAGCACAAUCGGAAGACCUUGGAAGAGGAACUGCGGUCCUUCCAUGAGUACUGCUUGCGGACAAAAAGCCUGGACGAUCAAGAGCUGCUUCCAGCGUUCUUUCAGGACUUGGAUUCGUACGUUGCUUACCUACGUGAUACGGUCAAGCUGCCGGCUAUGGACGUGUCACUCAAUGGUGGAGCUCAAUUCAGAAGGGUGAUGUACGAGGUUGAGGUCUUCACUCGAUUUGCAGGGCUUGGCAAGAAGCUUGAGCCUGUGGACGUUAUUCAGGCCAGAGGAUCUGGCCUCAAGGAAUGCACGUGGCAGGACACCAUCACGCAGUUAAUGAUGCAGAAUGCGCCCACUAGAAUGCGCACAAAAACCAAGUAUGUUGGUGAACGACUGAAGUUUUUCUUCGGGGAACAGAAGGAGGCAACGGUGCAGUUUAUGCUUGGCCUCACUGGUUCCCCUGAAGAGCAUAUGUUUUCUCGCCUCAUUCCCAAGCAGGCGCAGGUAAUUCAAAGGAAUGAGACGAUGAAAAGAUGUAUUUUUGAUGCUUUCGACACUGCUUGUGACAAGCAUCGAGUUCGAUUUAUGCAGAUGUGGUGCGACUUUAUGGACAGCAUGUUCCAGUCGCCCCUUAUGCUCUUGAAGUCGGGCUCAAUGCCGUCGAUUGGUUCGGGCUAUGAUGAAGAAAUCGCCCCUACCUUUGACACGACAAAGGCUCGCAUCGCGCAGGAGCGCAGGGGUCGAGGAACUCUUCAAACAGCUCUUAGGGAAAAAGUUAAGCAAAUCCCCGACGAAGACGUCAUGGCAAAAGAGUCCGUCAAGAUGGUUCAAAGGAUCAUAGAACAGACCUUUGCCGUCAUCCGCAGCGUGGUAGCAGACCACAUGCAGCUGUACUCAGAAUCUUUCUUCCUUUUGCCCAUGCUGCGACGCCUUGAAGGGGUCAUGGCUGAAAUGGAGCUGCAGGAGGAGGACAAAGAGAAGUACAGAGCACGAAAAUCAGUCCUAGAGCAAGAGAAGGCUGCCUCUGAAGGCAUGCUCGCCGACCUCACGCACUGCAUCGAAGCGGUUAAGAGAUUCAAGGUCACCUACGGCGGGGGGCAUUAG